AGCAUGACGUCACGACAGUAUAUAUAUACUCGGCCUCACGUCCUCUGAACGUUUAACGCUUCCAGCCGUCAUUAGCGACACACUGCCAGAUACGGAGAUUCACGAGAAUCAACCGACGUCCUAAAGCGAAUAGAAGAUGGCCCGUACCAAGCAGACUGCCCGUAAAUCUACCGGAGGAAAGGCGCCAAGGAAGCAGCUCGCUACCAAGGCAGCCAGGAAGAGCGCCCCCUCCACCGGAGGAGUGAAGAAACCUCAUCGUUACAGGCCCGGAACUGUGGCUCUGAGGGAGAUCCGUCGUUACCAGAAGUCCACGGAGCUGCUCAUCCGCAAGCUGCCCUUCCAGCGCCUGGUGAGGGAAAUCGCACAGGAUUUCAAGACGGAUCUGCGCUUCCAGAGUGCUGCCAUUGGAGCUCUUCAGGAAGCCAGCGAGGCUUACCUGGUGGGUCUGUUUGAGGACACCAACCUGUGCGCCAUCCACGCCAAACGUGUCACCAUCAUGCCCAAAGACAUCCAGCUGGCUCGCAGGAUAAGAGGAGAGAGGGCCUAAGUGGCCUGUGGCAACAUCGUCACGACAAAUGAUCCUAUUUAUCGUACUUAACCAUUUUUGUGGACAUUUUUAUUUCUUUUUUUUUAUUUUUUUUUUUUACAAAUUUUCUUUGGAAUUUUGUAUUUUAGAUUGGGACAAUUCAUCAAUCAUUCCACAAGCCUGAGUACACCUAGGAUAGUUGGAAAUGUUGUGCAGUAGGAGUAUCUACUUGUUUCAUCAUGGCUCAUUACAUGUUCUCAUGUCAAGGUUCUUUAUGGGUGUCAGGCUCCCUCUGGGGGUGGUUGUGUCUUUGAAGCGAGGAUGAAUUCCUCACAUCUUCCACGGGGUCCAGGGUCUCUUCACCCAUCUACCACUACUCACAAAAUGCCAGCAUGUCUUGCUAACCCGUAUCGCUGCAGUGUCUGGUAUUUACUGCUUCAGGUUGAUACUUGACACUUUGUGACUGGGAACACGGCAGACUCCUCCUGUAUUUUUCUGGACUGCUUUUUACAUGUUUUUCAACAUAAAAUCUUGGCAGCUACAUUUAAUACUAUUUAUGAAAAUGUUGUCACAUGUCUUUCUAUUAAAGGUCUUUAUGAGUAGAAA